UCGUAUCGUUGCGAAUGUGAGAGUGGUUACAUUCUCUCAGAUGACGGGCAUAAUUGUAAGGAGGGUGGCUGUCAUUUGCAGUUGCACGAUCCUGACGGUGUUAUAACAUCUCCAAACUUUCCGUUCGACUAUCCGAAGAGUAAACUGUGCACUUGGCAUCUUGUUACAACACCUGGACAUCGUAUUUUACUUGCAAAUACAUAUGCUUUGCAGUCAUUUGACGAAUUCGCUCUGGAGGAGCAUAAUAUGUGUAAAUAUGAUUAUGUGGAAAUGUUUGACGGUGGUGAUCCGCAAGCGACAUCACUGGGAAUUUAUUGUGGUAACGGAUUACCUGCCGAUAUCAGAUCCUCAUCUAAUCAACUGUUCAUUACGAUGAUCACAGAUGCAUCUGUUGCUAGACGUGGCUUCAAGGCUUUUUAUUCAUCUGUGUGCGGAGGAGAGCUGAGAGCCGAGCAUACAAUUGGCUUCAUAUACUCACACGCUCGUUACAGCGACAAUAAAUAUGAGAAGAAGAUGAGAUGUGAAUGGCGCAUAUUGGCGGAUGUGAAUCGCGGUGUUGAAUUGCGAUUUGCUCAGUUCGAUCUUGAGAAGGAAUCAAACUGUGACUUUGAUUAUAUAGAAGUAUUUGAUGGUUACGAACGCACUGAGGAACAUAAAAUGGGUCAUUUUUGCGGUGAUCAAUUACCGCCGAUAUUCAUCUCAACCGGUCGUAAGCUGUUGCUGGUGUUGAACACGGAUGAUUCUGAAGAGAGGAAAGGAUUCGUUGCCGAGUAUCGUUCCACCGUUCCGGCAACUGCCAUACCCUUAAUGAAACCAACCCCACGUGCAUCGCGUGAACCGAUUGUUAACAAUCACUAA